AUGGAUCCAACCACCUCAUCCCAUAACACAGAAUCUAUACCACUGAAUGGAACUGGCCAUUCCCAGUGCAGUCCAAUCCUCACUCCUUCCGUCCUGGUCCUCAUCAUUGCCCUGGUUGGAUUGGCAGGAAACACCAUCGUACUCUGGCUCCUGGGAUUCCGCAUGAGCAGAAAAGCCAUCUCAGUCUACGUCCUCAACCUGGCUCUGGCAGACUCCUUCUUCCUCUGCUGCCACUUCAUUGACUCUCUGCUAUGGAUCAUAGACUUCUAUGGCAUCUAUGCCCAUAAAUUAAGCACAGAAAUCUUAGGCAACACAGCAAUCAUUCCCUAUAUCGCAGGCCUGAGCAUCCUCAGUGCUAUUAGCACGGAGCGCUGCCUGUCUGUAUUGUGGCCAAUCUGGUACCACUGCCACCGCCCAAAAAACAUGUCAGUCAUCAUAUGUGCCCUAAUCUGGGUUCUGUCCUUUCUCAUGGGCAUCCUUGAUUGGCUCUUCUCAGCAUUCCUGGGUGAGACUCAUCAUCAUUUGUGGAAAAAUGUUAACUUCAUUGUAACUGCAUUUCUGAUUUUUUUAUCUGUGCUUCUCUCUGGAUCCAGUCUGACCCUACUGGUGAGGAUUCUCUGUGGUUCCAGGCAGAAACCACUGUCCAGGCUAUACAUUACGAUCUCUCUCACAGUGAUGGUCUACCUCAUCUGUGGCCUGCCUCUGGGGCUUUACUUGUUCCUGUUAUACUGGUUUAAGAUUGAUUCUCAUCAUCCCUUUUGUCAUAUUUCCCAAGUUACUGUGGCCCUGUCCUGUGUAAACAGCUCGGCCAACCCCGUCAUUUACUUCCUUGUAGGCUCCUUUAGGCAGCGUAAAAAGCAUCAGUCCCUCAAAAUGGUUCUAAAGAGGGCUUUGGCAGACAAUGCUGAGGAGGAUGAAUAUACCGACAGCCAUCUUCAGGAAACCACUGAGAUGUCACAAAGCAGAUGUUGA